CCCACCGACGCGUCUCUCAUUGCGCAGCCCAUCGAGCAAUUAGGAUGUGGUCUGUGUGUCGCGCCAGGACUUUCGGUGCUUGACCCGAAGCGGCUAGCUCCGCGAGCUUGAUUCAACGUCACGCGCCCGUCCGUGCUGAGCUAAGCCAGGAGCCGCAUCCCUGUAGCUUCACUUCGCUUUGCCGUCGACGUUGCGCUUCAUCUUUCGUCCCCCGUGUCGUUUCUUUGUCGAUUGCACCCGAGGAGGCGGUUUCUUGCAUCAGUUUGUUGAAAUUCCCGUCGUUCUUUAUCAUCUCUCGUUCUCAUGUAUUCAUCCACCUCCGCUCUUUUAACCCAGCGCUUUUUCCCCGACAUUCUUUUGUUACGCAUAUUUCCAAUCCGUGACGUAUCUUGAAUAAACCAUUGUCACUCUCUAACUAAUUUAAUUGCACUCCUUUCACUAUCGUUAAAACAGGACUCGUUGUGGACCCAUUCCUUAAGCCAGAGAGCCGAUCGAGUGUUCCUUGCUCCGGAAUUCCUGACGCGGCAUGAUAACAUCGUUUCGAUCUUAAGUACUGUUGAUUGGUCCACGUUCUUCUCUGGGUCUUCCGCCGUCUUUCGUUCCCGCCUUCGAUCAGGCGUCCUGAAUUAUACCCCGCCAUGCGCCUCUCCGACAAAGAAAAUGGCUGAAAAUCCAUUUGAGCCGUUGACACCGGCGCUUCGCCUUACUCCUUCGGCCUCGAGAACGCGGCCACAGUCUCCGAAGCGCCCUCGUUCGCCUGAGCGGAGAAGCCAGUUCCUGGCCCUCGAACUUGACCCUUUGCUAUCAAACCUAUCUCCGGAGUCCACGCUAAGAGCGCUGUCUGCCGCGGACGCGGUUCCGUCGACAGAAAAUACACCCUCGAAUGCUCUGACGAAAAGCAUUGCUAAUGUGUCGACUAUCGACCGAGCAUUCGGGAUAAGGGCCGCGUUAACUGCCCAGAAAUUGAGAGAAUGGUACACCGAAGUGCUUUCAUGGCAAUGGCCGUCAAGACGCGAUGCUGGCCUCGGCAAAGGCUUCCUUCUCCCACCUGCAUCUCAAACGGAUGCCGAGGAAGUGGAAAAAUUCCAUUUUGGAAGUCUCCCUAGAGAUGUUAUGGAACAAUACGAAACCAGGAUGGAAGAAAUUAGGGACGAUAUGGACGCCUUAGACGUUGAGGAACUUAAGGACCACGUCCUUAAUGUUCAUAUACCAUCUCGUUCGCGCCCGAUAUCAUCGCAUAGCACUAUGUCCAUUGACAUGAAACCGCUUUCUUAUGUACAGCUAAGUGACUUUACUGCAGUUGUGACUGCGACAAUUCUCCAGGCUCUGCCCAUCCUCUCAAGGUUGAAUAGUCUACUUGCUACGUGGGAGGUUCGUUUCACCGUGCUACGACAAAUUCCUCGGUUGCUUCGAGGAAUCAAACUCGCAAGAACAGAUGUUGAUGCGGCGUUGGGUCGACUAAAACUCGGUUUGUUACCCGGACGUGACGAUCGACUGUUUUCUGGGGAAUUAUUUACCACAGUUCGCCGAGAAUUGGAACGCAAGGUCUUGAUGUUGGGAGGCCAAAUGGACAGAAUCCUUGACGAACUCGAAGGACACUCGGACUCCCUUCCGGAAGCUUGGAUUGAUGAGAUGGAAGCGAUUGAAGGGGAUUUUGCAACUUGGGCUUCUCAAGCGCAGAAAAUGGCCAUUGAAAAUGAGUGGAGGAGAUCCUUACCCGCAUCAUCCACACCCAAAUCUCGAAUUCCUGACACCAGGUCAAAUGACGCCAACUCGCUCUCAGAGUCUCGCGACCCACUGGCAACACCAACUCCAGCAGAUCAUCAUUCCGUCGCUAAUAACACCGUUGCUGGGGCUGAUAAUUCGCUUGCUACACCAAGCCCAUCUGCGCUCUCAUUCAAUGUCAGCAAUAAAGUCGCUAACCCAAAACAGCCUGUGUUCAAACAGCCCAAGAACCCCAAACUCGAGAUAACUCCUCUGGAAGUGCCAAGCAAUCUUGAAACUCUUAACAGCGCAAAGUCGAGUGAAACCGUCAUUUUCUGUGAAUCAAAAGCUCUUGACUCCCAUUCAAGUCCCCCAACAGACCUAACACAUGCGCUUCCCUCUACCAGUGGUCUUCCAGGGUCGCAAGCAAAAGCAAUCAAGUGUCUAUCAAAAGGGCAUGAUAUGGAGCAAACGCCUCAUGCUGCAAUACCAGAUGCGGAAAACCAUAUUCACUGUCAUACUGAGUCAUUCACGCCUGUUGCCUCCCCAGUUCGAUGUUUUAACCCCGAUGAAAAAGCUGACCAUAUCCCAAUUGCUAAUCAUUCCGGGAGCCCAAUUGUCGCAGACUCUCACGCUAGUGUUAUUAGAUAUAAUGUUGGCGAAAGAAGUAACCUUUCCCCGUCAGCUAAAGAAUGGGCUUCAGUUUCAAGAAUUAUGGAAAGCAAUCAGCGAAGCGUCCGACGAAGCAAAAGCUUACCGCUCGAGCAAUAUAAUUUCCAGUCCGCUCCUGUAUGUGAUGACAAUGUCAUCUGCAAUGCUCCUCCUGCACCCAACUCUGAGCAGACUCCCACCUACGCUGAAGAGCGUUCAAAGUUACAGCAGGAACCCAAAGCGUGUGUUGAUGGACUUCCAUCUCCAAAAGGCAAGUCGCUCAUCGGUAUACCUUCAAAGAACGUUUCGGAUUUAAAUAAACCUCGUUCUCGCGGUGGUAUCACUUCCGACGAAUCCCCUUCCAUUUCACCUAGCCCGGUGGAUUUUGCAAGUAGCACGCGAGACUCUGCUCCCUCAAUUCGAGAAAUGUCCAGUCCUCCCAGCCCGGCCCCCGUGUUACCCACCCCUCCAAAUUCGGGCCAGCCUGUAACCCCUUCAAGCUCGUUCACCACUCUAUUGCCUUCGACUGUGGUUAAAUCCGCUUCUCAAGUGCCAUAUAUAACUCCAAGCAAAUCACCCGAAGACCAUCUGGAAGAAAAAAUCAGUUCUAUCCUCACCAGCAUUCCCGGUCGCAUCCAUCUGAGCUCCACUCCAGUUAGUUCCGCUGCCUCAAGUGUCGGGAGUCGCUCACAGGCUGGGCAGCAACUUAGCGGAGAACAGUCGUCCUCUCCCUUCCCUACUCGGCCAAGUACCCCUACAAACACGCUUACUAUUACGCCCGCCUACGAGCGCCAAAAGCGACGACGUGCACGUAUGGAUGACGAAAAUCCCGUCCGACUCUACCAUCUCCAUCGCGGGGGGAAGCUACCACCGUUGAAGCUUUUCGUACGCAUGGUUGGCGAAGAGGGGGAGAGAGUUAUGGUGCGUGUUGGGGGCGGCUGGGCAGACCUAGCCGAGUACCUAAGGUCGUACGUGAUGCACCAUGGACGACGAAGAAUGUCAGAGAGCAAGCUGGAAGUCCAGGAAAUUCCUAAUACGUCACCGUCUCAUCGUUCUUCGCCUUCCCACCGUUCUCCUCAUCGUUCUCCGGGUAGAGCCGUGAACAAUGGUCGUAUAACUCCAAUCUCUCGGCCAGGAUCAGCAUUUGAUACCCGACCUCCCUCCCCUCUAGCUGUCCGCAAGGCUCGGGCUUCUAAUACGUCCACAUGUCCCAGAUUGACUGCUGCAAAUGUCGAAAAGGCCUCUAAUGCAGCCGAGUCCGGCUCUUUCCUACUUUCUCAGCGCCGAUUAUCUGUCUCCUCCACAACCUCAAUGUUUGCACAUCCUACUCCACUGGGGCUUGCCGGCCCAAUUCCCAAAUCGAGGAACGUUUCCAUGAGCCCCGAAAGUGAAGCUUGGGUAGAAGAUGUCAUGGGUCAAGCACGCAAGACGUCUGCGACUCUCAAGUCCAAAUUAUCUACAGGAUCUUUACGGGGUUAUCGCCAAGCGCCAAUGGCAGAAAAUGCGCCACAAUUUAAAGGCCGCACCGACCCAAACACCAGACGGGUUAGCGAUUUUGCUGGCCCUCCGAUUGGCACCGGGGUCUCUGCGAAUAAACGGGUCUUUUUGAAAGGGUUGAACAAGGCAAGGGUUUGA